AUGAGUGGCUGUAAAAAAUAUUUAAGCGGUGCUCAGAAGAGAAAAAAGAAGAAAGAAGAUCUUUUAAUGACAUCUGCUGUUAAGUGCAAUAAAAUAAAUAGAUUUUUUUCUUUAACUAAUGAAAGUGACGAUAAACUAGUUUCAAAUGUAAUAAAAAUAGAUCAUAGUAUCUCAAAGGAAAAUAUAAACAAUGAAACUAAUAUCGAUUGUAUUGUGGAUGGUACUGUGGAUGGUAUUGUGGAUGGUAUACUUGAUGACACUAUUGAUAUAAAUAAUCAUUAUAAUAUACCAGAAGAAGUUAAUGCUAUUAGUAUUGCAUCUGUUAAGGAUACUACGAAUAUUGGUACAAUACAUCAUGCAGAUAUUUAUGAUAACAGCUUUGAUGAAUUAACCGUUAAAGAUCCAUAUUUUUGGCCAAAUCAUAAAAGACAUUUAACGCCUGCAAUGUUUGAAAGAACUUUACCUAAUGGACAAAUAUGUGAUCGGCUGUGGCUUUUGUAUUCUCCAAGUCAGGGUUCAGUAUUUUGUUUUAUGUGUAAGCUUUUUUCAAAGAAUCGUGAAAACUCUUUUGUAAAAAAUGGAGAAGCAAAUACUACAUGGCUACUUCGAGAAAACUCAUUAAAUUCCGUAAAUCAACAAAUCUGUAAGCAAAUAUCUACUGAAACUCAAUAUUGGAUUGAUGUUUUAAAACGCGUUGUAGCAGUUAUUAAAUAUUUAUCUUCACGUGGUUUACCAUUUAGAGGAGACAAUGAAGUAUUUGGAGUAAAAAAUAAUGGAAAUUACUUAGGACUUCUUGAACUAAUUUCUGAGUUUGAUCCAUUUUUGAAAACCCAUAUUGAAUUGCACGAUCAAAUGGCAAUAGUAUUAAGAUAUUGUACAUCACAUAAUGUACAAGAGAGAUUAUUAGAGCUUAAACCUAUUGAUAGUCACAAAGGUGAGUCAAUCUUUAAAUUGUUAGAAGAUUUUCUUAAAAAUUCUAAACUUGAUAUUUUAAAUUGUCGCGGUCAGUCAUAUGAUAAUGCUCCUAAUAUGAGUGGAACUUAUGAAGGACUACAAGCAUAUGUAAAAAAAAAGUGUGAUUUAGCUAUUUAUGUACCUUGCACUGCUCAUUCACUUAACCUAGUCGAAGUUCACAGUGUGAAUUGUUGCUUAGAAGCAGUAAUUUUUUUUGGGUUUCUUCAGUCACUGUAUAAUUUUUUCAGUAGUGCUACUCACAGAUGGAAUAUAUUAACUACAUCUAUAGAAAAAAGUGAUAGUAAUCGAUUACUAGUAUUAAAAUCUUUAAGUGAUACUAGAUGGUCAUGUCAUACAGAGUCUUGUAAAGCAUUAAUAAAUAAUUACACUAAAAUUAUUGAAGUAUUAGAAACUAUAAUAAGUCCUAAUAGUAAAGAAAAUGAAGAUACUAAAAGAAAUGCUAAACCAUUAUUAAAAAAAAUUUUAAAAAAAGAAACUGGAUACAUGGCACUUUUAUGGAAUGACAUUUUAGAAAGAUCCAACUAG